AACACCCCAAAUCGUCGUUUGAGAUCAAACCAAACCUACAGCAGCGCGGACACCGGCGUUCAUUUCAUUCUCCAAAUUCUAAUUCACAUUUUUGACAAUUUUUACCUCGAGUAUUAUCUGAUAAAUUCAAAAUUGAUAUAUUGAAACAUGGCUUCUGCAGGAUCUCUGACCAACGAGGACUUCAUUUUUCAGGCAAAAUUGGAUAGUGUGGGAACAAUUGCAACCUUGUUGAAAUCGGUCGCGUUUACUGAUCGAGUCAACGUUUUCAUUUCCGAUAACGGUAUGAAGUUUACGGUGGAGGAAGGUAAAAAUGUCCAGGCUUACGUCCUGAUGCACAAACAAGUGUUCCAGGAGUUUGAGCUGACGGUUGAUGAGGCUGCUUUUAGAAUUCCUCUGAAAGAAUUGCUAGAGUUUUUGAAGAUAUUUUGUAGUGACGGAAAAGGGAUAGAUAUGUCCAUGAACUUGGCAAACACGUCGAUCAAGUUGAAGUAUGCAAAAUACGGAUCCCCGUUUGAAAUUUUGCUGGAUGAGAACGGAAUUCAGACUGAAAUAAGGCUGAAAACUGAAGACGUUGAAGACUUAAUGGAAAUAGAGAUAGAUCCAGUGGACUGCAAGAUAGGAUUGAAUGGUGCUGGAUUUUAUGAAGUCAUACAAGAAAUCGAUCGGGUGGGAAUGGAGACGGUAAAUAUUGAAAUUCUGGCUGGUCCAAAGGAUAUUUUAUUUUCGGGGCAUACCUCGACUGGGAGCGUACUCGCUACCUUUUCAUCCACCAGCAGCGUAAUUGAAUAUUUCGAAUGUGGACAAGUUGAAAGCGCUGCCAGUUAUCGAUUGGCCUCGCUCAAGUAUGCUUUCAGGGCAAUGCAAAUUGUGGACAAAUUCAUUCUUAAGAUGAAUAGGGAAGGGGUUUUGAGUUUGUCGUUUCUUUUAACGCAAUCUGACUCUUUUGUAGAGUUUUUGUUCAUUCCGACUCUGGUCAAUGAUGAACCCGUCGGCGUUGAUUGAUAUAUUCAAAUAUAUAUUCAAAACAUCGUUGCGUGCUACCACUACCAUGUGUUCAUUAUUCCUGUGAUCUUUAAAAGUCUGAAAACUGCUAUAAGCAAUGUAAUAAAAAAUUCUUGUAAGAUA